AUGGCUUCCAGUUUCCAGAUCCUGUCCUUCACCGCCAUAGCUAUUCUCGCGUCGCUCAUCCACCCUUGCUCGUCCACCGAGUUUCACCGCAAGCUCGCCAGCUGGUCCACCGCCGGCGCUACAUGGUACGGCGCCGCUACUGGCGCCGGAAGUGAUGGUGGUGCAUGCGGGUACAAGGGUGCCGUCUAUACGGCGCCGUUCUCAUCUAUGAUCGCCGCCGGCGGCCCUUCCCUGUACAAGUCUGGCAUGGGAUGUGGCUCUUGCUACCAGGUGAAGUGCUCCGGUAACGCCGCCUGCUCUAGCAACCCCGUGACGGUGGUGAUCACGGACGAGUGCCCCGGCGGCCCUUGCCUGAACGAGCCGCACUUCGACCUCAGCGGGACGGCGUUCGGUGCCAUGGCGAAGGCUGGCCAGGCCGACCAGCUGCGCGGCGCCGGCGUCCUCCAAAUCCAGUUCACCCGGUACGCAUUUACAGUGCAGUGCAACUGGGCUGGAGCGAAGCUGACCUUCGUCGUGGACGCCGGCUCGAACCCGAACUACUUCGCCGUGCUCGUCCAGUACCAGAACGGCGAUGGCGACCUCUCGGCCGUCGAGCUCAUGCAGAGCGGUGCCGGCGCGGCGUGGGCGCCGAUGCAGCACUCGUGGGGCGCUGUCUGGAAGUUCAACGCCGGCUCCGCCCUGCAGGCGCCGCUCUCGCUCCGCCUGACCUCAAGCUCCGGCAGCAAGCUCGUCGCUAGCAACGUCAUCCCCGCCGGGUGGAACGCCGGCGCCACGUACCAGUCGGCCGUUAACUACUAA